UGUGGCGUAUGUUCUUCACGUGCCGGCCCUGAUGUCGAUCAACAGAACGGCAUUCGAAAGCACUUCAUCAUUCACCUCCUGGCCACGUUCACCAUAGUGGCGUUCUUAUGAUAUGGCAUUUCGGUGACUGAUCAGCCGCUUCAGCCACACGCCGACCUCAGCUGCGUAGUGCAUCUGGCGACGAGCUGUGCACAAACAAGCCUUUUGGGUGUCUCCAGCACUGCCCACUGCCCCGCCAUCAAAGUCGCUGCGUCACUUGCUCGCGCGUGUGCGUGACUCCGCCACAUCCUUCGUCUUUGAAGUCGCCGUUGAUGCCUCCGCUCUGCUCGCUGGACCAUCGCUGCUGCAUACCACACAGCCAUUCACGUUGACAGGAGCAACGCACUAAGAUCAAAGCGCACAGCUUCCGCCCAUCUCCACUUCCCAAAUCAUGUCGUACCAUCAAGGCUAUGGUGCACCCUAUCAACAGCAUCCACAACCAGGAGGAUACUAUCAACAACCUGCAAUGAACCAAGGAUACGGACAACCGCAAGGCUACGGCGCACCCCCGCCCGGACCUCCGCCGCCAGGAGGAGCACCACAGCUGCCGCCAGGAUGGACGUCUCAAUUCGAUCAUGCCAGCCAGCGCCAGUACUACAUCAGCCCUACAGGUGCUAGCCAGUGGGAUCCUCCGCCGCCGCCGCAGCAAGGAUUCGGAGGCCCUCCCCCUGGGCCUCCUCCGCCAGCACAGGGCGGAUAUGGCCAGCACCCGCAGCACCCACAGCAGCAACCUCAGCCCGGAGGGUACCCUCAACAGCCCUACGGCGGUGCUCCUUCUGGGCCUGCGGCGCUACCAUCACCGGGUUACGAUUUGCGACAGAGAUCGAACAUGGAUGUGACUCGAGCCGCGGAUGACCUUCGAGCCGCCAUGAAGGGAUUCGGCACGAACGAGACUAAGCUGAUCCAAGUCCUGUCCUCUCUCGGCCCUCUUGAGAUUGCAUCUGUCAAACAAGUCUACACGCAGCGACACAAGCGCGACUUAUUCAAAGAUGUGCACUCCGAAACAUCCGGCUACUUUCGCGAAGGCUGUGAAGCGAUCAUCCGCGGACCACUAGAGCAAGACUGCUUCGUGAUUUACGAAGCACUCAAAGGCAUGGGCACCAAGGAGAGUGCUUUGGACGAUGUACUUCUUGCACGCUCAAAUGCAGACAUGAAUGCCAUCAAGCAGCAUUACAAGCAAAUGUACGGCAAAUCGCUCGAGUCUGCCGUCAAGGGCGACCUGAGCAUGAAGACCGAACGAAUGUUUGACAUGGUCAUGUCUGCACGACGCAACGAAGAGUCAACUCCUGUGAUCCCUCAACAGACUGAUCAGGACGUCAAAGAAAUCUACGGUGCUACCGAAGGCCGAGCUGGCGCAGAUCAAAUGACCGUCUGCUCCAUCUUGACCUCUCGCAGCAAUGGCCAAAUUAGAGCCAUUGUCCAAGCAUACCAAGCCAAAUACCACCGCUCCCUCGAGACCGUGAUCAAAAAGGAAUUCUCCGGGCACAUGGAAGAUGCCUUACUCUUCAUCAUCAACGCGGCCAACGACCCCGCCAAGCACGACGCAGACCUUCUCGAGGCUUCAAUGGCAGGACUCGGAACCAAGGACCAAGCCCUCGUGCGGAGAGUCGUCAUGAUCCACUGGGACAAGCAGCGCUUGCAGCAAUGCAAAGCCGCCUACAAGCACUUUUACAAGAAGGAUCUCGCUGCUAGAGUCCAGGGCGAGACGAGUGGGGAUUACAAGAAUCUCAUGGUGGCAUGUGUCUCGUGAUGAUGAUUCCGGCUGCUGCAGGGCCGAAUUGGCUGACUUUUCUAUCAGAUCUUCCAGUGAGUGGGGGUGGGCGUUUCUUGACAGGAUGGGGAUAUGUGAUACCCGCGAGGGAGGCAGUUUGGUGGGGGCCUUGCCUUUCGAAUUGGAUUGCAAUGCACUUUCCACGACGCAUACGAGUUUCUUUUGCUCUUGACCUCAUUUUGCGCCUGCAUUGCGUGUUUUUAGUUCGUCCUGCAUUUUGACAGCAAUGAAUUUCCAGAGUGUUGAUAUUGCUCACCUUUGUAUGAAAGCAGACAUCCCGCGC